ACUCAAGAAUCGUCGCAUCAAUAAUCAGUCCAUACAACAUGUACAAAUACUCUUCAUGAAUAUCUGGCACAUGAGCGUAUGACUCAUCACCAGUAAUCUACGUUGCAUAAAGUAACUUGAAAGGCAAAAAUCGGACCUUGUGUAAAGCCGAAGUGGAGCAACCAACCAACACCACCAAACACCAUCACGCAACAUUUGUACACAUUGUUUAACUCAACCCUUUCAACUCUUUGGAUCCUUUAAAAAGCUUUCCCCAAUGAAAAAAAUCAAGUUCUAACUUGUUUUCGUCUGCAUCCAGGAACGUGAAUAGAUAUUUAGAGUGCAAGUGGUGAUUGCAGACUCGUCUGAUUCAGUCUCAUUCUGCAUUUAGAUUUUUGCAAGCACAUUUCUCCGAUCCAGCUUUCAAGUAAGUAAUAAAGAAAACUCAUUAGUUUAAAAGAAAUUCUCAAAGUUCUUCCAGUCAAGCGAAAUUGAAGUAAUUACAUAACAUGGGAAAGUGCAGCAUUUGUCAAGAAUCUGGGCAUAACAAAACAACGUGCUCCCGACGCCUACAGAAGACCACUCCACUUCAGAAAAUAACUCUGAAUGGAUUGAAUGAUACGCCAAAAACAGCCAAUUUCUCGACCAAUUUUCCAAACUCUGCAAAAACACAAGUAUCAGCAACGACUUAUAAACCAGAAAUAAUGCCAACUCCAUUAAAACCUCCUUUGACACCAAAAGAUGAGAGGGAUAAUAAUAACAAUAAUAAAUCACGCAAUCAACUCACCGAAAAAGUCAUGCCCACUCCCGUAAUUUAUAAUAAUGCCAUUUAUCCUGCUCAAGCUAAAAAAAUUUUGGACAGAAUAGAAGCAGGGAAGCAAAGACAGGGAGCAACCAACUCUAAAGAAGUGGAUUUAAUUAAGAAACUUGAGAAGAUUCCCAUUCCAGAACAUCGUGCAGUUGUUGAAACCACUUCAAACUUUUGUACUGGCUGUCACAAUCAAGGACAUAUGAAAGACAAAUGUCCAUCCCCCAUGACCCGGAUGCGUAACGACCGCUACGACAAGAAAUGUGGUCAUUGUGACCAAUAUAACCAUAAUAUCAAGACAUGCCAGAAACUGCUAAAACAAAAACUUCAUAAUGAUGAAGAAGGGGAGGAAAAGUGCAGCGGACCUGGUUCUUGGCUGAAUUGUCCAGCAAGAAUUAGAUUGAGGAAACCUUUGACCCCAACCGAUGGUCCAGGUUACAUUUACAUGUACACUUACCUCAAACCAAAGAGUGAGGAAGAUAAGGAACUUUUUAAGAUUGGGAUGUCAAAGAAUGAGGAGGGCAAGCGGCGGAUUGAGGUGCAAGAGGCGAGGAACAAGGAUCAGUACCGCGUUGUCUACCACGAAGAGACGCCAUACAGGUAUCUCACAGAAAACGUGAUACACCUUCAGCUGAAGGAGAUGAGAGAACCACGUGAAGAGGGGGAUGGAAGGACAGAAUGGUUUCGUGGAAGUCAGGACAGUUUCCUACGAGUGAUUAAGGAUGUCAUCAAAGAAGUUCGAUUUGCAAUACGAAACGAUUACUUUGCUAAUAUUCCCAUUGCAGAUGCAGCAGGCUAAAAGCCCCUUGUAAAAACUUGCACAAUUUCUUUUCUCAAGGGCGAAAAAAUUGUACCAAAAUCUCAAUAGAAUAUGUAGUAGAGAAAUAUAUUAUAAAUAAAUAUGUACGUAUGUGUGAAAUAAAGUGGAAUUAAAUUUUCCUCGUUGUCAAAAUGUGUGA